AUGGUUAGAACAAAAACUAAAGAUGAUGAAUCUGAAAUUUAUACGAUGAUCUCUAAGUCAUUUGAAGAAAUGUUUAAUGAGGAAUCUCUUACUCAACCUAUAUUUCCUGCCUUCUAUUUUGAUUAUGCUAACAAAAUAAUUAUUGAUUCAAGUACGGUUAAAUUCUACAUAUAAGAUGAGUAAGAAAUGGUUGGCUAAUUAGAAAUUGAAAUAACUGACUAGUUGAUAAAAUACUAUAGAUAUAUGCAUUGGCAGAAUAAUUAAGAGAUCGUUAAAGAAAUAACAUCUAAUGUAGACAACUACUUAAAAUUUGUAGCUGGAUUUGGAACAGGUUUCGGUGUUUUCUAGAAUAACUUAGUAGCUUUGGAAACUAUCGCAAAAUAGCUUUCACUAAAAGAUAAGCAAUCUAUACCCAUUUUAAUAUGCUAGAAAUUGUUGGGUGGAGAAUCACCUUUAGAUUUUUGCAUUAAUGCUCAUCAGCAAAAAAUAAUCAACCUUAUGAUCUCAAUGAUAGUCAAAUAUUAGGAUCAUAUAAUGUUUAACAAACUAAUUGACAAAAAUUUAUGCAAACUUAUCAAACAAUAAAUAGAUUUGCAAGAAUACUUUGAAAGUAAUCUUCCUACUUAUGAAAUAAUUGUCCCAUUAGUAUAUCCAGGUUAGCAUCAUAAUGAAGAAGAAAUUGUGGUAGGGAAAACUUUAGCUCAUCCAAAGGAUGUUCAUGAAAAAUAUGAUGAAUUAUUCGGAAUAGAUUUAUUAAAAUCAAAAGUUUAAAAUGAAUCAAUGGUUUCUAUUGAAUAUUAUUUGAUAAAUCUUCCAGAAACUUUGACAAUCAAUCCAAGAGAGAUAAUGAAAGAACUUAGUGAUACAGGAAGACCAGAAUACUUUGAGAACAAAGCGAUACAAACUAUAAUUAACUUCAAGUGGAACACUUACACUAAAAAUUUCUACCAGAAAAAGUUCUACAUUUACUUGAUAUUCAUGGUUACUUUCAUAUUUGACAUCUUCUACUCAGCUUAUUCAAGAAGUAGUGAUGUUAAAUAAGGCACUGAAGACGAUCUAAAAGUAAUCAAAGAAGAAACUUAAGUAUCUGAAGUCUCAGAACCAAAUAUAUGGGUCAAAAUUGUAACAAAAAGUGUUUGUACUGUUAUACUUAUUUUCUUCUUGAUACAUGAAGUGCAACAAUUAAUUAUCUAAAAGCUAAGCUAUUUUGGCGAUGGGUGGAAUUACUUUGACUUUACCCAUAUCAUUACCUUUAUUUUCUUUUGCUCCUGUCAUUUAUGA